UACCUGCCUGUUUCCCCCCAUUUCCCCAUGACGGCUUCAGUCUCCGUUCUCUUGGCAGAUUACGUCUAUUUUGAGAAUUCCUCCAGUAACCCUUACCUCGUCCGGCGCAUUGAGGAGCUCAACAAGACAGCCAAUGGCAAUGUGGAGGCCAAGGUGGUGUGUCUUUUCCGGCGCCGGGACAUCUCCAGCAGCCUCAACAGCCUGGCUGACAGCAAUGCUCGGGAGUUUGAGGAGGAGUCGAAGCAGCCAGGGGUGUCAGAGCAGCAGCGGCAUCAGCUGAAGCAUCGUGAGCUCUUCCUGUCGCGCCAGUUUGAGUCGCUGCCAGCCACCCACAUACGGGGGAAAUGCAGUGUCACGCUGCUCAACGAGACUGACAUCCUCAACCAGUACCUGGAGAAGGAGGAUUGCUUCUUCUACUCGCUGGUUUUUGACCCUGUUCAGAAGACGCUUCUGGCCGACCAGGGGGAGAUCCGGGUCGGCUGCAAGUACCAAGCUGAGAUCCCUGACCGGCUGGCUGAAGGUGAGUCGGACAAUCGGAACCAACAGAAGAUGGAGAUGAAGGUCUGGGACCCCGACAACCCACUGACCGAUCGACAGAUUGACCAGUUCUUAGUUGUGGCUCGGGCUGUCGGGACUUUUGCUCGAGCUCUGGACUGCAGCAGCUCCAUCCGGCAGCCCAGUCUGCACAUGAGCGCAGCUGCUGCUUCCCGGGACAUCACACUGUUCCACGCCAUGGACACGCUGCAGCGGAAUGGCUAUGACCUGGCCAAGGCCAUGUCAACCCUUGUGCCCCAGGGGGGCCCGGUGCUAUGUCGCGACGAGAUGGAGGAGUGGUCAGCCUCCGAGGCCAUGCUCUUUGAAGAGGCACUGGAGAAGUACGGCAAGGACUUCAACGACAUCCGACAAGACUUUCUGCCCUGGAAGUCCCUGGCCAGCAUCGUACAGUUCUACUAUAUGUGGAAAACCACAGACCGCUACAUCCAGCAGAAAAGGUUGAAGGCAGCUGAAGCUGACAGCAAACUGAAGCAGGUCUACAUCCCCACCUACACUAAACCCAACCCCAAUCAGAUCAUCUCAGUAGGCUCCAAGCCUGGCAUGAACGGGGCCGGCUUCCAGAAGGGGCUGACCUGCGAGAGCUGCCACACCACCCAGUCAGCACAGUGGUAUGCCUGGGGCCCGCCCAACAUGCAGUGCCGCCUCUGUGCCUCCUGCUGGAUCUACUGGAAGAAAUACGGGGGGCUGAAGACACCGACGCAGCUGGAGGGAGCUGCCCGCAGCGCCACGGAACCACAUUCCAGGGGCCACAUGUCGAGGCCGGAAGCCCAAAGCCUCUCGCCCUACACAACUAGCGCCAACCGGGCCAAGCUGCUGGCCAAGAACCGCCAGACCUUCUUGCUGCAGACCACCAAGCUGACCCGCAUUGCCCGCCGCAUGUGCCGCGACAUCCUGCAGCCACGCCGUGCUGCCCGGCGUCCCUAUGCCCCUAUCAACGCCAAUGCCAUCAAGGCUGAAUGUUCUAUCCGCCUGCCCAAGGCAGCCAAGACCCCCCUGAAGAUACACCCCUUGGUGCGGCUGCCACUGGCCACCAUUGUCAAGGAGCUGGCUGCACAAGCCCCUCUGAAACCAAAAACCCCACGUGGCACCAAGACACCCAUAAACCGGAACCAAAUGAGCCAGAACCGGGGCCUGGCUGGCAUCGUGGGCAAGAGGGCCUAUGACAGCGUGGCAGGGAGUGGGGUCCCGUUCUCGGCCAAUGGCCGGCCCAUGACCUCGGGAAUGCGGUCGAGUUCCCAGCCAGCUGUCAAGCGCCAGAAGCUGAACCCAGCUGAUGCCCCCAACCCUGUUGUCUUCGUGGCCACUAAGGACACCAGGGCAUUGCGAAAAGCUCUCACCCACCUGGAAAUGCGCCGAGCUGCCCGUAGACCCAACUUGCCGCUCAAGGUGAAGCCAGUGCUGCCCCUACGGCCUGUGGUAGCACCGCUGUUGCCAGGGCCCCCAGCCCACCCUGCCAGCACCAGUGAACCCAUCAUUCUGGAGGACUGAGCCUGGCCUUUCUUCCCAGAGCCACGCCUCCCCGUCUCCAGAGCCUAUGCGCAUGGCAGGCUUGGGGGAAGAAUCUGGUUCCGCUUUCCCUCUGGGGGAGCCCCCUGAGGGACCAGCCCAGGAGUGGGGGGAGCAGGGGCAUGGCUUAUACUUUUUAUAUUUUUUUUAUUUCCACAAACUCCCUCCCCUCUGUCAGGCUCUGGGAGGGGGGGGGGGGGGGUGGAGC